CCCUCCACUGGGGCCGUGUGCAACCCGCGCAUAGACUAUGCUCGCGCUCUGCCCUCGCGCAUCAUUCGACCUCCGCGCACCGCAGUCUUGGCAUCACCGCCCUGUACUGUAAACGCGAAUCGGGAGCUCGACUCUCGUAGCGACUCGACGAACAGGAUAAGUUAAGCGAGCACAAUGCCUUUCAAACCUGCAGACAACCCGAAGUGUCCGAAAUGCGGCAAGUCCGUAUACGCGGCGGAGGAGCGCGUGGCCGGAGGCCUCAAAUGGCACAAAAUGUGCUUCAAAUGCGGCCUUUGCCAAAAGUUGCUGGACUCGACCAACUGCUCAGAGCACGAAGGUGAACUUUUCUGCAAAGUAUGCCACGCGCGCAAAUUCGGACCUAAGGGCUACGGCUUCGGCGGUGGCGCUGGAUGCCUGUCCAUGGACGCCGGUGAUCAUCUGUCCAAGGAGAACGCGAAUGGCGUGAGGACGAACGGUGCGUGCAUGGAGCCGCGCGUGAUCGCGAAGGCGCCGCCCGGCGAGGGCUGCCCGCGCUGCGGCGGCUACGUGUACGCUGCCGAGCAGAUGCUGGCCCGUGGACGAGCAUGGCACAGGGAGUGUUUCAAAUGCGGCGACUGCGCGAAACGACUGGACUCCACGAACUGUUGCGAGGGCCCCGAUAAAGACAUUUACUGUAAAGUAUGUUAUGCCAAGAAGUUUGGCCCUAAGGGAUACGGUUACGGCAAGGGCGCUGGUGUCCUGCAGAGUGACCCUUACGCCAAUGGUGACUCAGCACCAAAGACCACGCUGAUCGACACGGCCGCGAUCCAGGCCCCGCCCGGCAAAGGUUGCCCCCGAUGCGGUGGUAUGGUCUUCGCCGCGGAGCAGGUGCUAGCCAAGGGUCGCGAGUGGCAUCGCAAGUGCUUCAAGUGCCGCGACUGCACCAAGACCCUGGACUCCAUCAUCGCAUGCGACGGCCCCGACAGCGAGGUCUACUGCAAAACCUGCUACGGCAAGAAAUGGGGCCCUCACGGCUACGGUUUCGCUUGCGGCUCCGGUUUCCUGCAGACCGAUGGCUUGACCGAGGACGAGAUCUCGGCGAGUCGUCCGUUCUACAACCCGGACACCACGUCUAUCAAGGCGCCCAAAGGGCAGGGAUGCCCGCGCUGUGGCGGCGCGGUGUUCGCCGCCGAACAGCAGUUGGCUAAGGGAACCAUGUGGCACAAGAAGUGCUUCAACUGCGCGGAGUGCCACCGGCCGCUGGACUCGAUGCUGGCGUGUGACGGGCCCGACAAGGAGAUCCACUGCCGCGCCUGCUACGGAAAACUCUUCGGGCCCAAGGGCUUCGGCUACGGCCACGCCCCCACCCUCGUUUCUACCGACGCAGAGCCCACUGUCACAUACACUGAACAGCUUCCCUUCACCGGCCAGAAGGCAGCUAAAGGCCAGGGCUGCCCUCGGUGUGGUUUCCCUGUCUAUGCUGCAGAACAAAUGCACUCCAAGAAUGGCACAUGGCACAGACGGUGCUUCUCAUGUGCGGACUGCCAUAGAUCUCUUGAUUCCACCAAUUUGAACGAUGGACCCAACGGCGAGAUUUACUGCCGCGGCUGCUAUGGCAGGAACUUCGGACCUAAGGGUGUAGGCUUUGGUAUGGGCGCAGGCACAUUGACGAUGGCAUAAACCUAUGAAGCUGGACUUUAUAGGAAGGAUAUUGAACGAGUGGUAGCAUGAAAGGAAUUUAAUCUGUUGCACAUUGCUACCCGAAGAUCAUACCAUUCAUUAAACUGGCUUUAAUAAUGGUUGAUACUACCCAAUGAGACUAAUGACAUAGAUUUUUUAAUGAUAAGUGCAAAAUAUUUUAUGAUAGAACAAUAUAAAUUAAAGGUUACAUUCCUUUCAUAUAUGUACAAAUCGUGAAUGGUGAAUGUGUCUGGGCCCUUAGUUUAUAAAUUCGUCAUAAAAUAUUGUAGUACGUAAGAUGCAUAGACUUAAAGUAGGUAAGUAAGACUAAAUAAAAUAAUAAAGGAAAAAAAUAUGAGAAAAAUAAUGAAAAAAAAAACAAAAAUAUAUGGCAUUGUGAUUAUAUCUACCUUUACGCUAUCACAUUGUGAUAUCAAGGUAGUUAACUAUCCUGUAAACGCGGAUAAGAUUGCAAAUAAGUGCAAUCGUUUCGACCGACCAGGUCUUGCAAUGAAGACCUGAAGUGUCUAUACAUAAUUUUAUACACCAAAGAUUUUUGUACAUACACUACAGUUUCAGACAGCAAUAUGCUGUGCUAGAGUAAAUUUUAACUAAAAUAUAUAUAUGCUUUUAGAGCUUUCGCUAUGUAACAAAAACCCAAAUGUUAAAUAGUAAUAUAAAUUACAGCUUAUUGCAUUAUAAUAUAAUAUUUAUAAUAUGAAAAAUAAUCGACUAUUAAAUUUAUCAAUUUUUAUUGAAUAAAUAUUUUAAUUUGUCA